CAAUGUCAGAGAAACCUGUGUCGUCCCAAGAAGCUGAAAACAAACCUAUGAUUAUGGGGGCCAUUGAAAAUGGCAAUCAAAACGUCGAAUCUGUGGUUCUUCCUAAUCAGCCACGACCUGCCCGAGACAUGAAAGGGUUGUUACGGUUUGCUAUGGAGGCAACGGCCAUGGAAGAUGCCCCGAAUUCGUCUAACUUCGAACCUAUGGAUGGAGAAAAAAAACAGUUUUUGGAAGAAGCCCUCAAAUCAAUGACAGUUGACUUGAUUCAAGUCUUGACCAAAGCGUUAAAUACACUAAAAUUGGUGAAAGAUCUGAAACCUGAUGAUGACCCUGAGGAACAUGAAGAAGCGUUGGAAACAAUCACAGACACUGUGGACAAUGUUGAUUUAGCUAAUGACUUUCAUAAAAUCGGUGGAUUUGAUGUGUUCCUUCCAUGUUUGACAUCUUCUCACACUUCACUCCAGUGGCGAGCUGCAGAGCUGAUUGCUGAGCUCACACAGAACAAUCCUUAUUGCCAAUCAAGAAUACUAUCUUCAGGAUUGCUACCCACAUUAUUAGAAAUGGUAGACACUGGAGCCAGUGAAGCAGUUAAAGUGAAAUCGUUGUAUGCCAUUUCAUGUAUUGUGCGAAAUUGUCCUGAGGCCUUGGAAGCUUUUUCAAAGCAUGAUGGUUUCUCAGUACUACUUAGAGCCAUGCAGAGCGAUGUAGAAAAGCUGAGAGUGAAAUCAGCUUUUCUUCUGAGUGCAUUGUGUGGUGAACAUCCAGCUAUCAGAGAUGACCUCCAGAAGAUGGGUUGGGUUCACCAGUUAGCAGCACUCAUUGGUCAAGAACCAACCCCUAGCCACGAACACCUGCUUUCUGCCAUGUUGGCCCUAGUACAAGAUCAUAUUCAAUGCAUUGAAGACUGCAGAGACCCCACUCUCCAAUUUAAAUCAACACUUGCCUCCUACAUUGAAUCGGUGCAGGGAAAAGAGGAAUGUCAGGAGGGUGUAGAACAUGCCCGUCAAUUAAUAUCUGUAGUUUUUACAGACGAUAGUAAUAAUGGGGAGAGAUAGACUAUUAAAUGGAUUCCAAUUGAUAAACUUAAAUGCAAAAUGUGUUUGGUUCAAUGAACUGAACUUUACCUCACUCUGUAAUAAUAACCAUAAUUUAUAUUUUUCUAUCACCAUCAGAUGUAGAAUUGUACUUUCUAAUUCAUUAAAGAUACCCUAUUUAAAUAAAACAAAACAUUAACAAUU